UCGAUCGGAUGAAAUGCGUCUUUCGGUAAUAUUAGUUUACUGCAGGAUAUGAUGAUAUAUCACAGCAAAUGAACCUUGUACCAGAUUGUUUAUGCAAAUCAAAACAAAUAAGUGAUUCAGGGGUCUUCAGAGGGAAAACACUUUUCAUGCCUUUUAUACCAAACAUUUCUCAAGUAGUGUAUGCAACUUAUUGAAAAUAAAAAACCAUUGUUUGUAUGCAACUCUUUAUGUCACCACCACAAGGUCCUUCCCUCAUUUAGCAGCAAACUUUCUUAAUGCCAAAAGCUACUUAUUUUAAGCAUUGUAGUUAUAAUCUGUCAUGUAAAGUAAGUUAUAUAAAUUCUUAACUUCACAUUUCAAUGAUAAAUAAAGAGGGUGGUUUCAAAAUAACUAUAAAUGAAAUAGAAUUCUAAAAGAGGGAAUAACCUAAACAAUACGUUUCAAUGUCCACAGCAAUGGCUAACCAUAAGUAUACUUAGGUAAUCACUUGUCAUUUUCACUGAGUCACGGAAAAUUUUCAAAGUCCACAUCCAUAACAUAUGAAUAGCAAUGUUUGUUGACAAUGAUAACCACUUUCUUUAUGAUACAUUACCACACUUUUCCUAUAUAAAUACUCACACUCAUAACUUCUAACUUCACACCAAAUUUUCUGUCCUUAAACUUGUUUAGUUUUCUCUCUCCAAACCUUAGAAAACAGGUGGUAAUUAACCAACCAUGGCCUUCACCAAAAACACAUUAAUCUUGGCACUUCUCUGCUUUAUCCUUAUACAAGAGUUGGAGAUCUAUACUGGAAAUCAACACAUGGUUGCUGCUGCUGGACAGAUAGAUUGUAAUGAUAAGUGCAAUUAUAGAUGCAGCAAAGCUUCAAGGGAAAAGAUAUGUUUGAGAGCAUGCAGUGAUUGUUGUAGAAUAUGCAACUGUGUUCCACCAGGCACAGCUGGGAAUAGAGAUUUGUGUCCUUGCUAUGCAUCCAUCACCACACAUGAUGGAAAGCUCAAGUGUCCAUAGAUAUAUAACUCAUAUAGCUAAUUUUAUGAAUUAUAUUUCAAGCUAGCUUUCUUAUAUGCAUGAUGUAACAAUGGUGUGAUAAGCUAAGAAAAAUAAAUAAGGUGUUUUAAGGAGCCA